CACUAGUGUGACCGUAAACGCUACAAAACCGCCCGUCCUAUUUCAUUGCCCGUUGAUGUUGUUGUUGAACUUCGUCUGGUCCGUAUAUACACGUCGGGCGGUGUUUUGAACUAAAAUUGAUACAAAAGUGAGGUUAGAAUGGCUGGUUCAUUAACUAAAUUUUGCAAAAAUUUCACACAAGUCUCCGUCAAAAAUGGUGUCCUAUCGCCUGUUGUUUGUGUACAAAAUAGAAACUAUGCCACAAAACGUGUGGAAGCCAAAAACCCAAUUGUGGAAAUGGACGGAGAUGAGAUGACUAGGAUAAUUUGGGAAAAAAUUAAGGAAUCGCUCAUUUUUCCCUAUGUUAAAGUCGAAUGUCUAUAUUAUGAUCUAGGUCUUCCCAACAGAGACCAAACAAACGAUCAAGUAACUAUCGAUUCAGCAAACGCCAUUUUAAAACAUAACGUAGGAAUAAAAUGUGCUACUAUUACUCCUGAUGAACAAAGAGUAGAAGAAUUCAAAUUGAAAAAAAUGUGGCUUUCACCAAACGGAACCAUAAGAAACAUUCUAGGGGGAACUGUAUUUAGAGAACCCAUUUUAUGUAAGAACAUUCCUAAAUUGAUACCUGGAUGGACCAAGCCCAUAAUUAUUGGUCGUCACGCCCAUGGUGACCAGUAUAAAGCCAUUGAUUUGGUGGUGGAUAAACCAGGAAAAGUUGUUCUGGAGUAUACUGCUGACGAUGGUAAAGUAAAACAGUACCACGUGUUUACAUACAAAAGUGCCGGUGUAGCAUUAGCUAUGUAUAACACAGAUGAUAGUAUAGCGGACUUCGCACAUUCUUCAUUCCAAGUCGCUUUAAAUAAAGGUUGGCCUCUAUACUUAUCUACGAAAAAUACUAUCCUGAAAAAGUACGAUGGCAGAUUUAAGGAUAUAUUCCAGGAAAUUUACGAAAAAUCCUACAAAUCUCAGUAUGAAGCGAAGAAAAUUUGGUACGAACACCGUCUCAUCGACGACAUGGUCGCUCAGGCAAUAAAAUCGUCUGGAGGUUUCGUAUGGGCUUGCAAAAAUUAUGAUGGUGACGUUCAAUCUGAUAUAGUUGCUCAAGGUUAUGGAUCUCUAGGGAUGAUGACGUCCGUUUUGAUGUGCCCUGAUGGCAAGACUAUUGAAUCUGAAGCAGCUCAUGGAACAGUUACCAGGCACUACAGGCAACACCAACAAGGCAACCAGACCUCAACCAAUCCCAUAGCAUCAAUAUUUGCGUGGACACGCGGUCUAGCUCAUCGUGGCAAGCUAGACAAUACUCCUGACGUUAUUAAAUUCGCAGACAAGCUCGAAAAGGCCUGCAUAGAUACAGUCGAAUCUGGAAAAAUGACUAAAGACUUGGCAGCUUCAAUCCACGGAUUACCGAACGUAAAAGAGGGCAUGUUUUUGAAUACUCAAGACUUUUUGGAUGCAAUUGCUGAUCAGCUUAAGCGAUCCAUGUGAUAAAUUUGAUAUUUAAAAAAAUUAGAGUACUAUACGAUACAGAGAUUCUAGUUAAAUGAAAAAUCGUAAAUGAAGAUUUAAAUUAUUGAAAAUAGGCGAACUUUUACUUCUUUUUUUAUAUUCAUCAAUUUUUUAUAUAUUUUAAUGUUUAGUAUUCCCCUUUUUUUAAACUGUUUAUGUAAUUUAUGAUAACAAUUAAUCAAUCUUCUCUCCGUUUAUAUUUUUAGCGUGUUCCUCUGUUUUGUAUGGUUAUCUGUAUUUAGGUAGUUUUAUAUGCCAGUGAUAUGAUUUUAAUUUCAAUUGCAAAUUUGGAUUUCUCAUUUUUUAAGAAGACUUUUUGUUGUUUUCUGUACAGAAAGCGUCAAAGUUGAAAAUAAUAAAAAUUAGGUACUUAUGUAUUUAAUAUAAAAAACCUAGUCUAUUGAAUAAGUUUAUCACUGAAAUACUUAAACACCCUUAAUAUAAUUUUUAUUACGUAUUUGUGAGUUUUGUUCCGCCCUCCAAUAAUUGUUUUAGGUAAUUUUUUUAUGCUCAUGUCAUUUGCGUCACGAGAUUAUUCGUAAUUUAUUUGUCUCGCUAGGAAAAUUCGAUUUAUCUAUAAGGUUUUUUUCUUCCAUUUUACAUUUAUUGUAAACAGUAAAUAUACAAAUAUUUUUAUACAAAGUU